GGAGGGGUUGCUUGUGUUUUCUCCAACUGCCACGUCUUCACCUCUUCGCUUCUUCACAUCAUCCAGAACAGCGAACGGUCCGAUGCGGCGAGGGAGCGUGACAGAUAAUGAUGGAACACAUCGUCAUCUAACCAUAAUUGUCCUACCUCGAGCGACGGGCUGUGGAAGAGAGUGCGUUUGUCCGAUAAAACCAGCCAUCAAGCUCCGAGUCAGGACGGAUGCUGCCGUAGCAUUCACAAGCAAACAUCCCAACUCCUCAACCUUAUCCAGGAAACAAACACCACGAAACAACAGACACACGCACACACACGGCCCGUCUCAACACCCUCUCAUUCACCCGGGAACGACGGCCUUCUCUCCCGCGUGAAUCACGGCAGCCCCCGCCAUUCCCUGCCGAGCAGGGUCUUCUGAAUCACCCACUCCCCUACACAGGGCCGUCGUCCGCCACCGGCUCAAGACCAGCCUGAAUUUACUCCCUGAUGCGUGAACGUGGUCGACACCGAUGCUAUGGUGACUGCAACGGUGAAAACGACACCCGGGACCGACUGUCAGCCAACAGGGGCGAUC